AUGAAAAAUCUCAUUGUUAUUUUGGCGUUUCUCAUAGUAUUUGCUUACGCAGAUACUCACCAAAGAAAUCUUAUUGUUGAUAUUAAUGACCAAAUUUUAAUAAAGACUUUUACUGAAACGUUCACAACCGAUUCGAUUCAGGAUUGCGGAAAACCUGAAGAUAUACUUCAUAUUACGUACCUUGAUAUAGCUCCUGACCCUCCUCAAAGAGGCCAAGAACUUAGUAUUGAUGCCGCAGGAUAUUUAACUGAAACUGUUGUGGAGGGUAGUUAUAUUGAAUUAACUGUCAAGAUGGGUUUGAUCAGACUUUUACAAAAGAAACUUGACUUGUGUGAGCAAGUCGAAAAAGUCAAUAAGGAAUGUCCUUUAGAAAAAGGAGAGCAAACUUUACAACAUACAGUUGAGUUGCCAAAGGAAAUUCCUCCGGGUAAAUAUACCGUUGAUGUCCACGUGUAUACACCAGAUCGAAGACCUAUCGCUUGUUUGAAGGCCACUGCCUUUUUCAGACCAUAA